UGAAGGGACUCUCACACUCACUCACACACUCACUCACACUCACAGGGGCUUCACGAAUGGCGAGCAGUCAAGAGGGAUGUUGUGUCAAAGUGGCUUUAAGAAUCCGCCCACAGUCAGGCAAAGAGAAGGUCGAGGGGUGUCACAUCUGUACCCUCGUCACCCCUGGGGAGCCCCAAGUCAUCCUGGGCAAGGACAAAGCCUUCACGUUCGACUUUGUCUUUGACACUGAGGCCAGGCAAGAGGAGAUCUACAAUGCCUGCGUGUACAAGCUCGUGGACGGCUGCUUCGAAGGCUACAACGCGACAGUGUUUGCUUAUGGACAGACUGGUUCUGGGAAGACCUACAGCAUGGGGACAGGGUUUGACCUGAACAUCAGCGUGGAAGAAAAGGGGAUCAUUCCACGUGCCAUCAAACAUCUGUUUCUUGGGAUCAAAGAGCGAAAGCAAGCUGCUCAGUCGCUAGGGACCUCACCACCAGAGUUCAAAGUCAGCGCUCAGUUCCUUGAGCUUUACAACGAAGAGAUUCUGGACCUCUUUGACGGAGCCCGUGGGAUGGAUUCGCGGUACAGAAAAGGCAACAUAAGAAUUCACGAAGAUGCAAAUGGGAGUAUUUAUACCACAGGAGUCACCUCGCGGAACGUUACUUCAGAGGAGGAGAUGAUGCAGUGCCUGAAGGUUGGCGCGCUCUCUCGCACCACGGCCAGCACGCAGAUGAACGCCGAGAGCAGCCGUUCUCAUGCCAUCUUCACCAUCCACAUCUACCAAAUGAGGCUGUGCUCCAGGGCAGAGAUGGUGAAUGGGGAGGUGAAUGGAGUCGAACACGAUGCCCCGCCAGUGAACGAGUACGAAACCCUCACAGCCAAAUUCCACUUUGUCGACCUGGCUGGCUCCGAGAGGUUGAAGCGCACAGGGGCAACAGGGGAGAGGGCCAAAGAGGGCAUUUCUAUCAACUGCGGCCUGCUGUCGCUAGGAAAUGUCAUCAGUGCCUUGGGAGACCAGAGCAAGAAGAACCACCAUGUGCCAUACAGAGACUCCAAGCUAACCAGGCUUCUUCAAGACUCGCUUGGCGGAAACAGUCGGACCAUCAUGAUCGCUUGCAUCAGCCCGUCUGACCGUGACUUCAUGGAGACACUCAACACCCUCAAGUAUGCAAACCGAGCCCGAAACAUCAAGAACAAAGUGGUGGUGAAUCAGGACAAGACCAGCCAGCAGAUCAAUGCCCUGCGAGCAGAGAUUGCCCGACUUCAGAUGGAUCUGAUGGAGUACAAGACGGGAAAGCGAGUUGUCGGUGAGGAUGGUUCCGAGGGAUUGAAUGAUCUGUGCCACGAAAACGCGAUGCUGCAGAAGGAAAAUGACAAUUUGCGAAUGAGAGUGAAAGCCAUGCAGGAGACCAUCGAUGCCUUGAACAUCAGAGUAACUGAUCUGCUGAGCAACGAGGCCAAUCAGAUCAUAGCCUGUGCGGGAGACGGCAAUGAAGAAAUAAGUGAAUUAAUUCAAAAUUACAUCCGAGAAAUUCAAGAGCUCAGGACUAAACUGUUGGAAAGUGAAUCGAUGAACGAGUCCCUUCGGCGUAGCCUCUCCCGGCUGUCAGCGAAGUCGCCGUUUUCCGCCGGCAUGUCUCCUCUGAUCGGUUCCUCGACGCUGAGUCCACUUGUUUCGCUGGAGCCUGACACCAGUGAGGUGGUCAAAAUGGCCAAAAAAGACUUGGAGCUGCUGAAGAAGAAGGAGCGAAGAGAGAAGAGGAAUAGUCCGGAGAAAGAGAGAAUGAAAAGGGGCACAAAACUACAGCAAGAGAACGGGGAAGAGACCGACGACAAUGAGGCUGAAGGGGAGGAAGAGCAUGAAGAGAGUGGUUGCGAGGAGGAGGAGGAGGAAGGCGGAGAUGAUGAAGAGUUUGACAGUGACGGAAGCCUGGAUGAUACCGAUACAGAAUCCGAGGAAAAAGUCAAUUACCAAGCCGACCUCGCUGACUUGACCUGCGAGAUUGAAAUCAAACAGAAGCUCAUCGAUGAACUGGAGAACAGUCAACGCCGACUGCACAUCCUGAAGCAGCAGUACGAGCAGAAGCUCAUCAUGUUACAGAGCAAGAUCAGGGACACUCAACUAGAGAGGGACCGGGUUCUCCAAAACCUUGGUACCAUGGAGUGCUACACAGAGGAGAAAGCCAACAAGAUUAAGGCCGAUUAUGAGAAGAGACUGAAGGAAAUGAACCGCGAGCUGCAGAAACUCCAGGUAGCCCAGAAAGAGCACGGCCGACUGCUGAGGAACCAAACCCGAUACGAGGUUGAGCUGAGAAAGCUGCAGGGAGAGGUGGCCGAGAUGAGGAAAACCAAGGUGGCGCUCAUGAAGCAGAUGAGGGACGAGCAGCAGCGGAUGAGGUUGAUCGAAUGCAAGAGGAACCGUGAGAUCGCGCAGCUGAAGAAGGAGCAGAGACGACAAGAGUUCCAAAUCCGGGCUUUGGAGUCUCAAAAGCGGCAGCAAGAAAUUGUCCUGCGGAGGAAAACACAAGAGGUCAGCGCUCUUCGGAGGCUAGCCAAGCCAAUGUCCGACCGGGUUGCCGGUCGGAUCACCCGGAAGCAGACGUUCCUGGACUCGGGAGCCGAGCUUUCGGCCAGCACCACGUCUUCAGAUCCGGAGUCAGCCUCCAGGUCCGUGUCCAACAUCGUCAAGCAGUGGAACCGGAAGUUCAAUGCAGCCUGGAACGAGACUGUCUCGGUGGUGAACGGAACGAGGGCGGCCAGGAAAAUCAAGACCCAGCGCAAAGGAGCUGGCGAGAAUUUCUCCCGUGCGGCCCGGCUGAAAUGGCAGGCGCUAGAGAGUAGAGUGACCGACAUCGUGAUGCAGAGGAUGACUAUCUCCAACCUGGAAGCGGACAUGAAUCGGCUGCUCGGGAAACGAGAGGAGCUGAUCGGGCUGCACGAGACUCUGGUUGGGAAGAAACAGCGGAUUUUGAAGGAGAAUCCAGAUGACAACAAGAUGGUGCAGGAGAUAAACGAGGAGCUGGAAGCCUUGAACGCCAACAUCGACUACAUCAACGACAGCAUUUCAGAGUGCCAGGCCACCAUUAUGGAGAUCGAGGAGGCCAAGGAUGAGAUUAACUCGACGGACACUUCUGUGGUCAUCAGUUCCUGCUCCUUGGCUGAAGCCCGCCACCUACUGGACCAUUUCCUCAAGAUGUCGAUCGACAAGGGUCUGCAGGUGGCUCAUAAAGAGGCACAGAUUAAGCUGCUGGAAGGUCGACUGAAGCAGUCGGACAUGAUCGAUGUGGCUCCCGUUCAGCUGCUGAACCUGCUGAAGGAAAAGGCCGAGUCCAUCCCCGAACUCCAGACGCUGCUUCAGAGCGUCUCGCAAGAAAAUGGCGAACUGAGCAGUGACGAGGACAUAUCUGAGUACAGUUCAGGGCUAGAGAACAGCUUAACAUCAAGUUCCUACUCAAAGCACUCACUGAGCCAGGGCGAUUUCCGAUUAAAGUCUGAGCAGAGGGCAGAGCAGGCGCAGGUAGACUGGUAUGGCUCUGCCUUGGAGCUCUCCACUCUGAGCCCAGGGAAAUCGCAAGAGGUGCGAGAGAAUGGGGUCAAGACGACGGAAGUGGUGAUGAGAACGCCAAAGGACAAGGAUUCGAACAGUUUCCAGCCCAGAUCUGGAAACACUUUUCCCAGGCAGUCAACCAAGAAAUUCCAGGAUACAUCACCCCUCAUGAGGAGGAAGUCAUAUGACAAAGUUCAGAUGUCCUCUGAUAAAUCCCGGUCCGAAUGGAGGUCGAGCGAAAUCAACCUGACGCCCCCAUCCUCUCCUCCGACCCGGUCUCGUAAUGACAGGAACGUCUUCUCCCGGCUCACCAGCACCCAACUGCAGACCUUCCCCGCCCACGACAAGGGUGUGAUUAACCCAGUUGGCAAUGCCAAGAGCAGUAGGACUGCCCCGCUCCAAAGCAUCUCUGUUGCCGAAGGACAUUCAAAACCUGUCCUGUGUCUGGAAGCGACUGAUGACCUGCUGUUCACUGGAUCCAAAGAUCGCACUUGUAAAGUGUGGAAUUUGGCCACUGGCCAGGAAAUCAGUACUUUGAAGGGACAUCCGAACAAUGUGGUCUCUGUCAAGUACUGCAGCUACUCCAGCCUGGUGUUUACUGUUUCAACAUCGUACAUUAAACUGUGGGACAUCCGAGAUUCUCCCAAGUGCAUCAGAACGCUAACCUCCUCGGGUCAGGUCAUUUCAGGCGAUGCGUGUGCCAGCACAGCCAGCAGAACAGUCAGCAUUGCCCAAGGUGAGCACCAGAUCAACCAGAUCGCAUUGAACCCUGCUGGCACUCUCCUCUAUGCUGCUACCGGAAACUCGGUUCGGAUCUGGGACCUUAAAAGAAUGCAGCCCGUUGGGAAACUGACAGGUCACAUUGGACCAGUGAUGUGCCUCACUGUGGAGAAGAUGGCACCGAAACAUGACCUAGUCAUCACCGGAUCAAAGGAUCACUAUGUGAAGAAGUUUGAAAUUGCAGAAGGUACUCUUGGAAACGUCGGUCCCACGCACAACUUUGAGCCUCCUCACUACGAUGGGAUCGAGUCUUUGGCCAUCCACGAGGACAUCCUCUUCAGUGGCUCCCGGGACAAUGGGAUCAAGAAAUGGGACCUGGAACAGCAAGAGCUAUUACAGCAAAUUCCUAAUGCCCAUAAGGAUUGGGUGUGUGCCUUGGCUUUUGUACCUGGUCGCUCUCUGUUACUGAGCGGUUGCCGAGGAGGGGUGCUCAAAGUGUGGAACAUAGACAACUUCUCACCACUGGGAGAGAUCCGAGGACACGACAGCCCCAUUAAUGCCAUCUGCACAAAUUCCAGCAAGAUUUUCACUGCUUCCAGCGAUUGCCGGGUGAAGCUGUGGAAUUAUGUUGCUGGCCUGACUCCAUGUCUGCCUCGCCGCGUCCUUGCCAUUAAAGGCCGUGCCAGUAGCGUUCCUUAAGCUCCUGAUUUCUGCUCUGGUCCGUACUUGACUCUUCUUUGCUGCUCGUUUUGUGACUGCAAAAUAAAAACCUGGAUCACGAAAGGAUUGUCAAACGAACACACGCCGGAC